GAAAAUCAAUAAAACGGCGUUUGAGCAAUGCGGAAAAACCGCUCGAUAUACCUUCCUUACUAACCAUAAACAUAUGUUUCGUGAUUUUAAAUUGCGAGCUGGGAAGUAUCAUUCUCAAUUUUAAAAAAAGGUGUUUGCUUCCCCGCUUAAAAAAAUAAGACACAAUCACGUGUGAUGGCAAUUCGUUAGUGGAAGUUUACACUUCAAUUACUUUUACAAAUAGAAUCGUAAGUGACGCAGUGCAAGCAUAUCGUCACAACAAUCUGUUCUAUAUUUAUUAACUGCAUGUAAAUAUUGUAAAUUACAUACAUGAAAGAAAUAAGAUGGUUAUAAAGUCAACUACUUAUACGGGGAUGAAUUUAAAGGGCGAAAUAAGGGAAAGUAUAUCCCUGGAUGAGGACGAUAUCAGUGACGUUGAAGAUGAAGUUUUUAUAAGAGACGGCAAAAAUGGUUAUAAGUUUGCCGAGGAAUUAAAUGUUAAAAGACCUUUAAUGGCUCCCAGGAGAAAACAUGGCAAGCACGAUUUAGGAACAAGAUUAAAACCUAGACCGCCUUGUAGGGCUUGGUGUAAGCCUUGUUGUUAUGUUUUAAUUGCCCUAAGUAUCUUAAUUGGUUUAAUUAUUCUUGUGGUAGUGCUAGUGUCAAUAUAUCCAUUACCACUGGAUAAAUUAAGGGAUUGGAUAAUAUCCAAAGAAAAAAAGGUAGAUAAGUCCGAUCGUUACUUACCUUGCACAAAUUUAAGAGUGACGGAUGUGUGGGCCGUAAAUUUUCCCGGACUUACCACCGAUUCUCCAGUCCGGACCCUGGAUAUUAACAAAGAUGGAAUUGAAGAUGUUGUAUUUGGUUAUGGAGUUGGGGAGAAUUACAACAUUUUUCCUCCAGACAUAUUCUGUUCAAUAUAUUUGGGAGUGUUACCCCCAUGCGCCGGUGGUAUUUUAGCCAUGAAUGGUAAAGAUGGUACAAUACUUUGGCAACUUUGGUUAAACGACACGAUUUUCAGUCUACACUGUACCGCCGAUGUAAAUCUUGAUGGUACUGAAGACUGUUUAGCUAUUGGCGUCGAUGGGACUUUGGGAGUGUUCGAUUCUAAAACCGGAAAUCAAAUAUGGAAACUUAACACGGGGAAAACGAACGUUUUUGUGGCUAAUUUUAUACACGACCAAGAUGGGGAUAAUAUUUCUGAUGUGAUUACUUCACAUUCAUCGUUAGAAGAUAAAACUAGUGGUCACAUUAUGCUGCUUUCUGGCAAAACAGGCCAAGAACUAAAAAGAGCAAACAUACCAAAUAAAUCAAAGACCUUCUUUAUGCCUCAAGUUUAUAAACAAAAUGAAAAUUCGACGAUUCUUUUAUUUGGCAGCGGCACUCCUAACACUCCCGGAAAUUUGAGUUACGUGCAAUUAAGCCAGCUGUCCAAUUUGGAAAAUACAUCAAGGACCAUUUAUGAAGAUAAAUCUAAAGGGAUAUUAACCCAGUCAGUGCUAGUUGAUAUAACUGGUGAUGAAAUACUUGAUAUAGUAUCUUCCGUCUAUAAUUCGACUAUAAUAGCAAUAAAUGGAAAAACGUUUAAGACUAUUUGGAAUUACACGGUGGAAAAUGCUGUGACAGAUAUGAGUCCCACUCCGGCACUAUUUAAUUCUGAUAAUAUUACUGAUUUUUUAGUGGUUUAUCAGAAAUAUGAUAACAUAUUUAAUUACAAUUACACUGAGACCCUAAUAAUUGACGGAUUGACUGGGAAACCCAUUUACCCACCUAUAAAUGGAGGCAUUAUAACACAAAUGAACGGUUUAACCCUAAGUAUGGAGGGUGAAGGCCAUGAUAUUUAUCUACUUUGGACGAGCGAAUGUGCCCACAUGGACCAAAGCAGCAAUUCAAAUUCUAAUAAAAAACAAUCAGAAGACCAACCAAAAGUAUAUGACGAAUGUAAGAAACAGUUCAACACAUCUACAAUAUUAAAACUGAACGGCUUAAAUGAGUAUCAUCAGCCUCCUGGAAUAACCAUUUAUAAUUCAGCGUUCAAAUCAGACUUCGAACACUCGAACAUAAAAUCCGUUACCAAAAUCCUAAAGGAAUAUUUACAGACACAUCCCAAUCCAAACCUGAAUUAUAAAGAACUGGAAGGCGAAUCAGAAGUUUAUGAAAAUUACAAUGCGCCUCAUGGUCACAUCAGUAGGAAAUACGGGAAAUCUAGUUUUAGGCAUAAAGACAAACCUAAUGGAAUUCUGAAGGAAUUUGAUGUUCCCGAAGCUUCUAGUAAUGGUAUGGGCGUCGACCGAGCGCCAAUUCCAGAGGAGGUUCGUAUGUCGGAGCAAUCACCCUCAGAUUACAAAAGCUGGAUGGGCGGCCAAGAUUACAUUGAUCCGGAGUUUUCGAAUUACAAUUUAGGCGACGACAACAUCCCUUACAACCAAAAACAAAUGCUUUACGAUGAGGUGGCUCCGAAAAUCAAUCCUGGAAAUCGCGAUCCCAGAAGUAAAGAAAAGGGAACUUUAAAUUUAAAAGAUCCCGCACCAAAUCCGAAAUCUCAAAAGAAAAAUCUCUCUGAUAAGAUUUACGGAUAUCACAAUAUCCGAUUAGCGAAAAACCGGCUGUUGCGAGACGAAGAAAGUUUACCAACGGAUAUUUUAAAAGAAACUUACUUUAAAAAUGAAGAAAACAGACUGAGGAAAACCAAACUUGAGCAGAGAGAUGUUAAUUCGCAUGUGGUAGGAGAAAUGGACGAUUCAGAUAUAAAAAUGAUUUUAGAUGAGCAGAAAAGGGACGCGCUACAAAAUCACUCGACUACUCUGUGGGACAUAGAGACUGAAAGUGAACUAGUAGAAAGAGAGGAUAGAGGUUACAUAAGAAGGAAACGAGAUUUAUCUACAGAAGUGUGGGAGAGUGUUAAUAAAGUCACAUCUGUUGGUGCAGUAUUGGAAUCAUUUAAUGUCAGCAAUACUUCAGACACGAUAGAUGUAUUAUUUGUAAAAUAUUGGCACCCAUCUGAAAUAUCACUAGAGACCAUAAUGGCGAGAGAUAUCGAAGAAUGUGUUCAGGAAAAGAUACAACAAUUUGCAAAACCCUCAACAGUCCUUACACAUGACCAGAAAGUAUUAUAUGAAAAACAAUGUCAAGAAGAGCAAGAUAAUUUAAGAGGAGAUUUUAUAUAUUUUAAUCAACUGGCUUCUCUGCGAUUUGGGCAAAUGACAGUUUAUAGAAUAAGAAUCCAGUGCGAUUGUGACAGCACUUUCGACAAGAAAAUAAAGGAAAAGUGUGCAAAAUUUUUACCGAAACGAUUACAGACGUGGCCGCAGUAUUUGGGAAGGAACGGGGAUGGGAUUUUCGGGAGAUAGAUUUUUUGUUAUGGUUAAGCAUAGCUAAAUGUAAAUUACUAUUUAAAAAUUGUAGAUAGCUAUAGUUGACCAAGAUAAUCACUUAUUAAUAUCUAUUGGACUUUCUUUCUACAUAUUUUUAUUGAUCAGCUUGAAUAUCUAUUUUUAUAUAAAUUUAUUUUAAUUCAGUUUUUAAAGUGCUAGGGUUUACAUUUCUAAAAUAACAAUUCAACUCGGUUGUUAUUACGUACUCUUCCUUUAUUUCAGGGAAAUUAAGCUACCUCUCUUUAUUUACAGGACCCAAGUAAACUAAAUAAGAUGCAAUCAUUUGUUAGGAUUUAAGUAAAAUAUAUUAUAUUAUUUAUUAUGUUAACAUUUGAAUAUCGUAUAUUUAAAAUUCUACCUAGAAACAUUAUAAUAGUUUUAUAAAAUAUUUAUUUUCCCUUUAAGACCUUCGUAGUUUCGAAAAGAGUUUCCUUUAGCAAGGUUCAUAUAAAGUAAACAAAUCGCCUUGAUUAUUAUACAGGGUGUUAUAAACUAAUAGGUCAUCACAUCCGUUAACCAUAUAAUUUUUGUAUCAAAAUAUACUUUCCUUCCUUAUCUUAUUGAAAUUUGAAAUUUAUUUAACUUUUUUUACGUUCUGUAUAAAUUUAUGUAAAUGUUAUGUUAGACUAUCUUGUAUAAUAUUGAUCUGAGGCUUCCUUGUGAGAUAAUGAAUUUGUAGUAAAGUCAACAAAAAAAGUACAUAAAAAUUAUCAACCUGUACGAAAAAUAUGCCCAACAAAAAGACUUUAAAUAUAUUUUUAAAGGUAAUAGUUAUCAAUGGAUUCGCGGGGGGGAUAAAAUUUCAGUUUCACUGGCCAUCUCGUCCGCCCGAUUUUAAUACUUUGGAUUUCAGUUUUAAGACUUUAUUCAUCCACUCCCGAAUAUAGUCCUCUUCCAAGGCCCUCUGGAUAUCCUCGCACCAUCUCUUCUGGGGUGACCAGUAAACCUCGUUCGGCGCUCGUGCAGGAAGAGAUCUGCUUGAUCCCUCUCUGAGCAACAAUCUUUUUCGGUUUUUGGACGGUUGUGGUGGCAGUUUCAUCUAAGUUAUAAAUUCUUGUACCGCUGUAAAAAUUUCCAUGGUUCUGAAACACUUUUUCCACAUUUUUGAAAAAAAGUCCAACAUUGUGUUUGUUUGUUUGUUGAAUGAUGUCGCUCUGCAGAGGCUUCAUCCUUCCGGCUGGCGAAGACUUAAUUCUGCAUGUCUGGACAUAAAUCCAAGAAACCAUUCGCGUCCAGCUUCCUUCUUUGUUUGCCAAUUUUCCGAAAUUUUACAAUUAUUAAUAGUUGCCAUUUCAUAAGCCAGUUUUCUGAUAUUAAUGACCGUUUGUCCGUAACACAUUUUUGCGCAAGUUAAUACGUAAUCGGCUAGGGCUUUUUCAUGAUUUUCAGAAAAAACUUUUCUACAAGCAUAAUUUGGAGCCAUUUUAAUCUCUUUGGUGGGAUUCUGUUUUUGCCUUUUUACAUAUUCAUAAACCGUUUGAAAUUUUAAAUUGUAUCUUUCAGCUGCUUGUCUUAAAGAUAUCUUCUCUUCGGUGACUGCUCUAACAGCAGCUCUCAUGGAUUGUUCAUCAAAUUGCUCUUUAUCGCUUUUUCGCUGACGCCCUCGAGCCAUUUUUCCUGAAAUAUAGAUUAAAUUUUUACAAAACCGAUUACUUUUUCAACAACACUCCAAACAAGCGUUGUGUUCGACAAUCAGACAGUGUCUGAUUGUGGAACAAACAUGCUGUCUGAAGGUGGAACACAACCUACAAUACAAAAUUAAAUUUAACUGUGACCUUCAUACAUAACCUACAAAAGUAAACUUGCUUAUAAAAUGACGACAAAAUAGGGUCGACAAAGGUUGUUUUUGUAAUACUAGUUUCAGAAGAAAAAUUAGAGCAUAUUAUAAUAUCCUAUCAACGAUAGAAAAAACUUACCUUGAAAAACGAUAUUUUAUUAAAAAAUGCACAAAACCAAGAUAACAGCGUUCAAAAUUUGUUUACCACAUCGGCGUCUAUAACCGCACUAUCCGAACGAAAAACGUCAAACUUGCGGCGGGAAUUUCAAAAUUACAUGCUUUGUCUGAUUGUGGAACAUUCUCCCCUACUUGGUGUUUUAAAUCCGCCUUCGUGAUCGUUUAUUACUGUGUUGUUACCAUAUAAUAAGUGCCCUUAAGCCCCGGACCUCUCAUUUUAUAUUUACGAGUGCCUCGAUUACUCUAUCUAAUUGCUCUUCAGGUCUUAUAAUUCUAAUCGUAUAAAACGCAAUCCAGAGUUUCAUAUUUUGUUGUUGCUGUUUUCUGAUUUUCCUACACAGAAAAAAAGGAUACUUAAAAUGAGAAUUAGACACUUUAUUUGAGAAAAUCUAAGGAUUAUAUAUCCGCAAGAAGAUAAAAGUUUAAUUUAAGAAUAUUAUAUUUUCAAUUUCAAGAUGUUUAUAGAAUUGGUUUAAGUCGACAAAUAACUUAUUGUGAGAAUAUAUUGAAAUUUCAUUUGAGAAUAUCAUAUUCUUGCAAGGAAUAUUUUUUUCU